AUGCAAGAUGGGACGAUCGACCAAGGGAACCUGCGGAACCCUGCGCGCGCCGGCUGGCGGGUACGGCUGCGCUACAGCACAGUGACGCGAAGUCGGCAACAGAGCCGGCCCAAUCCCAGCUGUGAAGGCCUGAAGGUUGUCGUCUCUGAGGCUGACGGCCGCGCUGUGGAGCGCUCCCAAACCCCGGUCCAAACCCGGCGCGUACUCUUCAUUCCCGAGACCUCAGCCGUGGCGACCCCACAACGGCCCCGCUACCCAAUCCCGUGGUUAAGUCCCGAGGCUUCCCCCUCACUCCCUCGAGCCAGCAGACUCGCGGUGAUGACCGCGGUGCGAGUGUCCAAGGCCAGCAAUCUUGCUGAUACGCAGUCACCCCAGCCCAUGGAUGUUCCCGAACUCGUUGCCGCGCUGCUGGGUUAUGCCAUCCCCACGCGCGUUGGCUAUCGGGCGAUCUGA